CAACAAUAAACCAGCGACCCGCGUGUAUUCUCCGGGCAGUUCCGGCGACUGAGAGCGGCGGGGCAAUGGCGGCUGGAGUAACGGGAUGCAUAUUCUGCCAGAUCGCUACCUCUUCCACCUCCACCACUCUUCUUCACUACGAUGAAAAAGUUGUAGCAUUUCAGGAUAUCAACCCUUCAGCCCUCAGGCAUUACUUGGUAAUUUCAAAAGAGCACAUUCCUACAGUUAAAGAUCUCCAAAAAAGACAAGACGACUACACUUUAGUGAGUCACAUGUUAGAUGUCGGGAAGAGUCUGUUACGGAGAGAUGCACCUCAGAGCAAGCAAUACAGAUUUGGUUUUCAUCAGCCUCCAUUGAACAGUGUUAAUCACCUUCACCUUCAUUGUUUAGCGCUUCCUUACACUCCCAGCUGGAGAUGUAUAAAAUACACAUCUUUGGGACCACUGGGUGGAUUCAUUGAAGCUGAAAAAUUGUUGCAGAGAUUAAAGCUAUAAGUCCUCACCCCAUUGUGAAUGUAAAUGUAAUUGGGCAUCCCUGGGUUAUUGUACUUCUAGAUAGAAUGUGCAAGUCUUUAAUUUUAAGGUGUUUAGUAAUAUGAUUGUUGCUAAAAACAGAUACAGAUGAACAAGUACUUAUCAAGAUUCGUGAUUCAGUUCCUGUAUUGUUUUGAAAUAUUAUAAAUAAGCCUCCAUGCUUUUAUUAUUAACAAUAAUUGUUGAGA